ACUCUCAAUGAAAACAAGGAGGAGGGGUUGGGCUGCAACACCAUGGAGGAGGAGAACAACCUCAAAACUGCCAGGUUGGGGAGGGCUGCUGCCCUCCGAUCGAGGAAGCUGCCGCAGCAACCUCCGCCAAGCUCACCCUCUCGCUCCAAAAACAACCAGAAGAUCAUACUACCUGAGGAUAUAGGGGAGAUAGAGGUGCUCAAUUUGGGCAACAACUCCCUUCAGGAGCUGCCAGAGGGUCUGGGGUCCAGCCUCAACAAUCUGCUCCUCGUCCUCCGCAGGAAUAAGUUCACGGCUGUUCCUUGUGUGGUUUUGAGCUUGCAGCUUGUGGAGCUUGACAUUAGCCACAACUGCCUGAGGAGCCUUUCGGAGGAUGUAGGUCAACUGAAGGGUCUGAAAAAACUAUGCAUAAGUCAUAACAAAAUCCAGUAUCUGCCGUCUCAGAUUGGAGCGCUUCAGUUUUUGGAGGAGCUGGACAUCAGCUUCAAUGACCUGCGGGAUUUACCCAGAUCCUUCUCGAACCUCAAGAGGCUGCGCACACUGGAUGCAGAUCACAACAAACUAAACCAGUUUCCCCCCGAGAUCCUUGCCCUCGGUGACCUGGAGGAACUUGACUGCACUGGGAAUAAGUUUGAGGCACUACAGGAAUAUAUGAAGCUGCAGUCCAUCAAAAUCUUUUGGCUCAGUAGUCUUCACAUCUCUACAGUUCAGGACACGUUCUGUCACCUGCACAAUCUUGAAAGCAUGCUGGACGGCAACAGCCUCACAGCGCUGCCUCCUUCCUUUGGCAGUCUGCAAAAACAAAUGAUCAAUUUGUCCUCAAAUGAUUUCGAGAACUUUCCCCAGGUUGUUUUAAGUAUCACGGGAUUAGAGGAGCUUUACCUGAGCAGGAAUAAACUAGGCUUUGUUCCUGAGGAAAUUGGGCAGCUGGUCAAGUUGGCAAACUUGUGGUUGGACAAUAACCACAUUACAUAUCUGCCAGAUUCUAUCGUGGAGCUGGAGAAAUUGGAGGAGCUUGUUUUACAGGGUAAUCAAAUAGCCAUACUUCCAGAUAAUUUUGGAAAACUCUCCAAAGUCAACAUUUGGAAGGUUAAGGAUAACCCCCUUAUCCAGCCCUAUGAGGUGUGCAUGAAGGGGAUACCUUACAUUGCUGCCUAUCAAAAGGAACUUGCACAUUCCCAGCUUGCUGUGAAGCCAAGGCUAAAACUGGUCUUGAUGGGAAUGAAAGGCGCUGGGAAGACACUGCUCAGGCAGAGUGUGGUUAGCAAACAGCAGGAUGCUAAGGUUCAGGGAAACAAAGGCAUCGAAGUGACCAAAACUGGGUAGCAGGACGCCGAACGCAGUCUUACAUUUCUGGUGUAUGAUUUGUCAGGGAAGAAAAACUAUGACCUCAUCAAACCCUUUUUUCUCUCCCCUGGUGCUCUGUACAUUCUGGUUGUGAAUCUCAAAACGUAUUCGCCCAAGAUUUAUGCCCAUGUCGGGUAUUUCCUCCACCUCCUUAGUGCCAAAGUCCCCCAUGCUGUGGUGUGCUUGGUGGGCACGCACACAGACCUAUGCGGAGACAUGGAGGUGGAGGAGAAGAGUCUGGAUAUUCACAGACAGAUUGCCCUGCAGGAGAAGAGAGACACGCAGUGCCUGAGGAGCCUGGCUAGGCAGGUGGACCAGGCGCUGGAGCAGGGCUAUAACCUCCGCACUUCCAGCCCCCACAUUCUUUUCUACGGUGUUUCUGACAAGAACCUGAGACGGAAGAAAGCCCAGCUGCAGUUCAUGCUCAACCACAGGCUGCAGAUUCUUUCUCCUGUCCUGUGUGUCAGCUGCACCGAGAGCCAAAGGAACAUCCAGAGGCUGAGGGAGAAGCUUAUGUCUGUUGCAGACCACAGGGAGAUCUUCCCCAACCUCCACCGUGUGCUGCCAAAGUCCUGGCAGAUGCUUGAGGAGCUUCACUUUAAGCCCAAAGACCUGUGGCUCUCGUGGUGAUCCGCCCGCUUGGGCCUCCAGGCUGGGCUUACAGAAGACCGUCUGCAGAGCGCCUUAUCCUACCUACAUGAGAGUGGGAAAUUACUCUACUUUGAGGACAGUCUCACGCUCAAGGAGUAUGUUUUUCACAAUCUACCGCGGUUCAUUGCUAUUCUCAAUGUGUUCUUUCAGAGGGACGAAUCAACACUUUUGGACAGGCUACUGUCUGAGGGGGAAAGGGGGGACAAGGGGAGGGUGAGUCUGGUUAUAGAAGGAGAGAAGGGAGAGAACCUCAGGGUUACCCAUCUGCAGCACCAUGUGGAGGGCUUUCUCCAACAUGGCCUUUUGCCCUCCAAUGUCAUCCGCCUUCUCCUGAGACCCCUCAUCCAGACCCAGCAAGACCUGCAUCUCAUCAUGGAACUGCUGGAGAAGAUGGGGAUCUGCUAUUGCAUCAACAAACCCCGCAGCAAGCCGUUAAACGGAGCCACGGCUUGGUACACGUUCCCCAGCUAUGUCAGCGACGAAGAGCCCCACGCAGAGGCCUGUGCGAGCGGGAGCUCUUUGUCUCUGUGUCAGUUCUUCUCAGUGGAGCAGCUGCAAAUUGAGUACAGCUUCCCUUCUUUUCCUCCUGGACUGUUUACCACGAUUCAGUGUGCAGAUAACAGCCAUGUUGUUCAGCGGUCAGAUGGUAGGCAUCAGAUCUUUGCCUACCGCGGUAAAGUCCCAGUGGUGAUCAGCUGCCAGCCCUCCAGGGGCAAACUGCAGGCAGACACCCUCUCCAUCGCCAGCCACGCUUCCCUGCCAAAUAUCUGGACUGCAUGGCAAGCCAUCACGCCGCUUGUCGAAGAGUUGAAUGUGCUGCUACAGGAGUGGCCUGGGCUCCACUACUCUGUACAUAUUCUGUGCUCCAAGUGCCUCAAAAGAGGGUCACCCAACCCACACGCCUUUCCAGGUGAGCUGCUCAGCCAGCCGCGCCCCGAGGGCCUGACCGAGAUCAUCUGUCCAAAGAACGGCACCGAGCGGGUGAACGUGGCACUGGUCUACCCGCCCACUCCCACGGUGGUCAGCCCCUGUCUCAAAUAAGCCCUGGACGAACCGGACUGGAUCCCCUGGGCGUCCUCCCCCUCUGUCUGCCUCAUUGAUGCCUCCCACCUCCAUGUGACACCUGCGACCUGGUUCCUGUCCCUCCAAAGCCUGCAGCCCGGCGGCGACUCCCUGAACUCCACGCUCCGCUGAAGACACCUGAGCGGACGAGUGCUUGAUUUGUUGUUCAGCUCCUCUUGCAAAGCCUCACCAUAUUGACAUUUAACAGUGUUAGAGGAUGAUGGAUGAGCAGGAACUUGAAGCUGGGUUGAUCCACACUGUAGUGCCCUCAAGUAACAGCCUCGAUGCCCCCACCCCCACCACACACACACACACACACACACACACACACACACACACAUAUACUCCUGUGGUUGCCCUCGGAGCCCCUGGUCAUCACGUCUCUCCGAGUUGUUCUUGUCAUUGGGCUGCAGCAGCUCGACGCUGGACCCGAGCAGGAGCUGCCAAGUGUCUGCUGUCUUUGCCUACACGUUGGAGUCGACCAGCGCUCUCACACUUUUUAAAGAAAUCAUUUUCCAGGAUUUUUCAAGGACAUAUUCAGUGACUUGUGUACAUGCAAACUGUUGGUCAGAGAAAGUUAGAAUGAUUCAAAAUGCUCAAAACUGUAAAAUCAACGCCUCAAAUUACACGUCGGCAGUUGCAUCGUACAGCAUGUUGUUUAUGUGCAAGAAAAAUUAACACAUUAACAACAUGUUAACAGCGUGCAAACGUGUUGACGCCACCAUGUUGAUUGGUUUCAUGUGUUUUUGGCCCGUUUGGCUUUCCAUACAUGGCAGCUGGGUGUGAAACAGGUCAUCAGAGGGUAAGCAUGCACGGUGUGAGCUGAGGAAAUCAUUUGAAUAUGUAAUCUUAGUCCAAUUGUAAUUAUAAAAGUCUGAAGAAGAAAAAGGAGUAGUUCUUCAAAACGGGACUGUGACAUUUGAAUUGGUUUCUCCCAUAACGACAAAUGUGUUUGAACAAUGUGUCGCCAAGCUUUUUAAGGGGGAAAAAUUAGCACUUCAAAGAAAAAAAAUGUGAAUAGUGUGACAUAUUAUACACAAUAUAUUUAACAAUCUGAGAUGCUUGGUAAUCAGCAGAGCAGAUUUCUACCAAAUCUUCCUCUGUUACAUUCAAGAAGAGAUACACAGUGUUCUUCAAAAUGCCACUUACCAUGUGGAAAUCAUAUACCUUUUUAUUUUUUAUUGUCCUAUUUUAUGUUAUUUACUUGACUGCUAUAUUUUGAAAUCUAAUGUUUUCCCACAUGAUGUGUGUAAAGGCUGACACUGAGGAGAGCAGGGAAAAAAUGAUUGGGUUUUACAGCUGUUUAUAUUUGUAAUGAUUUCUCUGUGCUUACAUAAAAAAAAAAACUACAUUUAAAGCUUAUUGUCACAAGAGAGGGGUGUUCAUUCCCACAAUCUGUGAUAAACACACACACACACAAAUACACACAAAUACUCACACAAAAGCAGCAGUCCCAAGAGAGGAUGCACUCUUCCCUGUACAGAGAUUAUACUGUGGUUUUUUUAGUGUGAAAUGAGGCUAAAUGCAGUAACUCUAAAGUCAAGUCAGCGGGCUCCUUUAAUGCCAAGGAUAUUAAAGAUCAGCUGGAUUUGUACAGAUAUUUAUCGACACUGAUCCUUUACCAAACCAUGCCUCGUGUGUGAUGCCAUUUCCUGUUUCCUUUGUGUUCAAGACUUCCUUGCAGUUGUCCAAAAGCUCUCCUUGUAUGUAAAUAAGAGAUUGGUGUGAUGUGUACAGCAAAAAAAAAAAGAAGAGAAAAGGACGCCGAGGGUCAGGCUUGUACGUCUUGGUUACACUUUUUGUUGUCUCGUUUGAAUAGUUGAAAUCAUUUCAGGAUGUUUUUCACUGGUGUUGGAAAAUACUGAAAUAUGUCAAAAUAUUGAGGGAAACUUUUUUUUUCUUCUUUUGUACAUAAUAUCUUUAUUUUUGUAUGUUGACACAAUGUCACGACUAUAGCUUUGACAUUAUUUACAGUGCAAUGUUGUGCAUGACUCACUGGGCCAAUGUGAGUGUGCACAUAGCGUUUUAUAAGUAGCUGGUUUUAAACAUCUCACAAUACAACAUCAAAUACCAAAUACCAAAUAAACCAAUACCUGGUUUUAGUA